GCGACGGUGAAACAUCGACACUGAAACAUUAAAAGACCCGCCGAACCCAGCUCGAGUCGGUGCUUCUGGCAUCGUUGUGCGGACAUUUUUGCAUAAAAAGGUGAAUCUUUGUGGUGGCCUAGUGCGUUAUCGACGGUACGAAUUGUCCUCUAUCCAACGUCAUCGUGAAGCGACAGAAUUCUUCUUUCUAGUGGUGCUAAAUUGAUAGUAAUCGUGCGUGGUACCGCGGCUCCAAACGACGUAGAAUAUAGACUAGCACAGCACUGAGCGAGGCUCUGUUGCGGAUCGCCAUUUUGAAGUGUGGUGUCGAACGCCGUCGAGGCGCAUAUUUGAAGGAGGAAAUUUUUCGCGGACAAAACGAACUAAAAGGCUCGCUUUUGGGGCAAAUUUGGUGUCUGUAUCGAGUAAGUGAUUGAUCGAAGAUAUUGCGAUAGACCCGGACCGUAGAUUUCCGUGGCUCAGUACAUUAUGGCGCACCAGACCAAACCGGUUAACUUAGUGUUCCAGGAUGCAAAACCAGGUCAAAUAUUUCAUGUUGUAAACACGGCCGCUGGCGCACGUACCGCCCUUCCCGCAGGUGUCACGACCAUGAAGACGAUCGUUAGCAAGGAUCUGGCAUCCUCCGGCUCGGCCAAUCUCGGACAGGAUUCGAUGGGAGCUGUAACCAGCCACUCAGGAAUCGUUGCCACCGCUGGCACUACUGCCACGGCCGUCAUCAGUGGACAGAGUUUCACCAUGCCUGUCGUACGUAAACUUUCGCCUGGACAAAAAUUAAUCACCGUUCCGAAGCAUAAACUCAUUCUCCCAACAUCUGCUACCAACAAAACCGUCAAUGGCAAAGCAGUGGUUAUAUCACCAAAGCUGUAUAAGGUGAUUUCUACGUCCUCACAACAGCCUGUUAGCAGAAAUCUCACAUUCGCCGCUCCCGCAAACGCUCCCAUCCAGAAUACGGUCACGGCCAUCCCAACAAAUUCCGUCACCUUGGGUUCGGUGGGUGCCACCAUUGCUAUACCUUCCACCUCGGCGAUAUCGCAGUCGUCGUUCACGUUACCGACCAGCUCAAACAAUGCCGUCCGGUACAGCACCAACAAUGCUAAAGCGCCUGUGGUGACCACCGUCGCCAACAACUCCGCACACGCAACGAGCAGCGAUGUGGUCAGUGUUGGCAACCGGGUCAUCAUUGCUUCAGCCCCUGCUGGAGAGAGUGGUGGUGGCGGUGGUAGCGAAGCUUCGAUCCAAUCGGUAUCGUCCUCAUCACCGUCGUCCUCGACGACGACGACGGUAACGUCGAAGAAAUUGCAGCAACCCAGCAGCCACAGCAACAAUCAGCAGCACCAACAUUCGUACAGCAAAAAAACAUCUCCGAGCCAGAUCCAUACACCGGCGUCCCGAAGACGAAAGACGGACAAGGCGGGACGCGGUCUGCGCCAUUUCUCGAUGAAGGUGUGCGAAAAGGUGAAGGCGAAGGGCACCACCACGUACAACGAGGUGGCCAACGAGUUGGUAGCGGAAGAAACUCAAAACCAUCACCCAGGAGUUGAUCCGGCUACGUACGAUCAGAAAAACAUCCGGCGGCGGGUGUACGAUGCACUUAACGUGCUAAUGGCCAUGAAGAUCAUCUCGAAGGAGAAGAAGGAAAUUCGUUGGCACGGUUUGCCUUCUACUAACACCCAGCAAGAGUGCGAGGAGUUGGAAAAAGAAAACGAGAAGGCACGCCGUCAGAUUGAGGUAAAGGAGCAGCAAUUCAGGGAUUUGGUUCAGCAGCAUGUCGCACUGAAGUCACUAAUCGCACGCAACAAGGCGAAUGAGGAGCGCGGCCUGGUGCCGAAUCCAAGUUCCGCCGUGCAGUUGCCAUUUAUUAUUGUGAAUACGGACCGGAAAACAAACAUAAAUUGCAGCAUUUCCAACGAUAAAUCCGAAUAUUCGUUUAAAUUUGAAGAUACCUUUGAGAUCCACGAUGAUUUGGAAAUUUUAAAACGCAUGGGGCUUUCGCUAGGUUUAGAUAGAGGGCAAUGCUCGGAGACGGACAUUAUUAAGAUCAAGUCGAUGGUUCCUAAAUCUGUGGAAAAGUACAUCGACGGUAAGCAGUUUGAAAAGGAACGAAUGUAA